CUACCGCAACUCGCUGCGCGGGGAGUUCGUGCACGACGACGUGUGGGCCAUCGUGAACAACCCGGACGUGAGACCGGGCUCGAGCCUGCGGAGCAUCUUCACCAACGACUUCUGGGGGAAGAGAAUGGCCGACAACACGAGCCACAAGUCCUACCGUCCGCUCUGCAUCCUCACCUUCAAGUUGAAUAUUCUGCUGGGUGGUAUGACUCCGUUUUAUUUUCACGUGGUGAAUGUGUGUUUGCACUGCGCUGUGACCGUCCUGCUCAUGCACACGUGUGAACGUUACGUGUUCAAGAACAGCCGCCUGGCGUUCCUCACCGCGCUCCUCUUCGCCGUCCACCCCAUCCACACCGAAGCGGUGUCCGGCAUCGUUGGGAGAGCAGAUGUGUUGGCCAGUAUGUUGUUCCUCCUGGCCUUUCUCUCCUAUAUUAGGAGUGUGUCAGGGUGCUGCACGGCGGACUCGUUCCCCUCGACGGUGUCUCCAUGUUCUCUAGCACUCUCCCUCUUCCUGGGCACCUGUGCCAUGCUGGUCAAAGAGACGGGCAUCACCGUCUUCGGAGUGUGCGUCCUCUACGACAGCCUGGUGCUCUGCUGCAAGCCCUUCCUCUCGCACCUGUCACGGUCCAAACUGAAGGAGCUGAUCCGAAUCGCGCGGCCUUUCAUCAAACGAGCCUGCGUGGUCUCUGUAUACGUGCUGUUGAUCCUCUCUGCUCGCUUGUGGCUGAUGGGCGGCUCAAUGCCUCUGUUCUCAGAGCAGGACAAUCCUGCCUCCUUCUCACCCUUCCUCCUCACCAGGUUCCUCACUUACUGUUACCUUCUGGCCUUCAAUGCCUGGCUGCUACUGGCUCCCAUAGUGCUCUGCUAUGACUGGCAGGUGGGCAGCAUCCCUUUAGUGGAGUCUGUGUGUGACGCACGUAACAUUGCUGCGUUGGUGUUGGCACUGGGCAUGCUCGCUCUCUGCCUGCACUGUGUUACAUCACUACAGAAGAUGGAGGGCAGGGAGGUGUUGGUGGGGAUACUGUUCCUGGUGUUUCCUUUCAUUCCAGCCACUAAUCUGUUCUUCCGUGUGGGCUUCGUGGUGGCUGAGAGAGUCCUCUACAUGCCCAGUAUGGGUUACUGUAUUCUGGUGGUCCAUGGAGUGAACAGGCUGUGUGCCGUGGUGGGCCGCUGGGGUGCGGCUGCCCUCACCGUCUCCAUGCUGCUGCUGCUCCUCCUCUUCUCCUGGAAGACUGUGCAGCAGAACGAGAUCUGGCUGUCCCGCGAGGCUCUGUUCAGUUCUGGCAUUCAAACAUUACCUCACAAUGCUAAAGUUCACUACAACUAUGCCAACUUCCUGAAGGACCGAGGACAAAACGAGCAGGCUAUUCACCACUACAAAACAGCCCUCAGACUUUAUCCUCGGCAUGCCAGUGCCAUGAAUAACCUGGGCACACUGACUCACAGCACAGAGGAGGCAGAAGUCUACUACAGGAAAGCUCUCGACAUCAACCCCCAACACAACCGAGCGCUCUUCAACCUGGGCAACCUUCUCAAGUCCCAGGGGAAGGAGGAGGAGGCAGAGCGAAUGCUAAAGGAAUCAAUACGCUUUGGGCCGCAGUUUGCUGACGCCUACUCAAGUUUAGCCUCUCUCUAUGCUGACCAGAAGCGGUUAGCAGAAGCAAAUGAGAUUUACACAAAGGGCAUUGAGAACUGCCCAGACAGUUCAGACCUCCACAACAACUACGGCGUGUUUCUGGUGGACACGGGUGAUAGCGAUGGAGCUGCCGUACAUUACCAGCACGCUGUGCGUCUGAAGCCGUCUCACUAUGUUGCCAUGGUGAAUCUUGCCCGUCUGCUGCGCUCCUCGAACGGCAGUACGGAGGCUGAGCUGUGGUAUAAGCGGGCACUGCAGGUGGUGCGUAAGGUGGAUAUCCUGACUCCUCUGGGAGCGCUGUAUUAUAACACCGGCCGAUAUGAAGAGGCUCUGCAGCUGUACCGAGAGGCCGCCUCGCUGCAGCCGGAGAACCCGGACAUCUGGCUGGCUCUGGCUCAGGUUCUGGCUAUGGCAGGCCGCUCUAAAGAAGCAGAGAAAAUGACUCUGGGCAUCAUUUCCAAAAGCAGCGGCUGCAUAGAGUGUUAUCGCCUGCUGUCUGCCAUCUACAGCAAACGAGGGAACCACACCAAGGCGUUGGAGGCUUUGGAUAAAGCGCUGCAGCAGGAGCCAGCAGACCCUGCAGUGAAGGCGGAGCUUCUCUUCUCCAUAGGCAACCAGCUCCGAGAGAUGAAUGAGCUAGACCGAGCCUUUGAGAACUACAAGCUCGCUGUUGCCCUCAAGCCUGACCAAUCACAAGCUUGGAUGAACAUGGGGGGGAUCCAGCAUAUAAAGGGAGACUAUGCAGCAGCCAGAAUGUACUACCAAAGAGCUCUCCUCCUCUCUCCUGGCUCCAAACUGCUGAAGGAGAACCUGGCCAAGCUGGACAGGCUGGAGAAGAAACUGCAGGGGACUUAAAUGGCCAGGCUGGCUCUGGACCUCCAAUCAAAGAUCCAACAGACAGAGAUACGUACAAUAACCUGGUGGGUAUAAAUAGACCGCGAACUGACAGAGAUACUAGACUGGGGAGGUGGCUGCCUUAAAAGCCUCCGUCGCAAUCAAUGGUGCCACAGUAUCUGUGACCCGAGAUGGCCCGAGCCUAGAGACUGAUGUGUGGGCUGAUGUUAAGGACCAACCCUGCUGAUGCAGGUCAGCGUCAAUACCGCAGCAGAGGGGGUUGCAUCAUAUUGAGCACCACUGACUCGUCUGAAGGCUCAGCCUCCUCCAGCCUGUCUGAGCUUGAUCUGCUCUCUGAUCAGAGGCAAAGGACUUUUAAUGAGUGCCCCCCGUCGAGAGGGAUUUGAUUAAUCAUCGUCGAUUUAUGCAGAAGAGCAGAUCCCUGAGAGGCUCUUGGCUCUAACUCGCUGUACUCUCAGACGCACUGUAGGAGCUAUCCUCCAAAUCUCCAGCUCCUCUCAGCUUCAGUGACUGCAAAUCUCACGACAGGAGCUACAGGAGAUGCUCUCCAACUGUGUUCUGUGAACAUGGCCACAUUCUUCAUUCGAUGCAGUAGGAUCCGCAGGAGAGGGAGUGCUUUUGGCUGUGUUUUGCUUGUUUGUGUGAUUUUUUUUUUUUUUUAAUGUGUGACGUUACGAGUGACUUUCAAUUGUACAUAAAUUGGCUCAGUGUAAAAGAAAAAGAAACAACAGGGUCAUUUUUUCUGCUAGAGCAGGGGUCGGCAAACUGAAUGUUAAGAAGAGCCAUUUUGUCCUUUCAAAUCAAACCA